AUGCUCGACGAGAACCUGCCGACGUUUCGGGUGCAGCCGUGCUCGGACAGCCCGCUCGACGCGCUGCUGUACCUGACGCACAACGGGUCCGACCCGGCGCCCGAGUACCUCCUCCGGCGGGCGGCGUCGCGCGGCACCCCCUACGCCCUGGGGCUGCUCGACGCGCACCACCCGUCCGUCGUGUACGCCGAGGUGCUCAUCUCGCCGGCAGCGCCAGCACCAGCAUCAGCGCCAGCACCAGCACCAGCAUCAGCAUCAGCAGCACCAGCACCAGCACCAGCAGCACCAGCCGUCCCGCCCGAGGCGUUCGACGUGCUCCUCUACAACCCAGACGCCGUCGUCACGGUGCGCCACCACCCCGGCGGCUGGGGCAGGUCCGAGAGCUGGGAGUUUGAGGUCCCCGAGCGCAGCUUCAAGCCCCCCUCGGCGAGCCAGCUCGACCGGGACGAGGCGCCGCUGCGGCGCGACCUGGAGCCGCGCGUCGUGUUCCGCUGGAAGCGCGACGGCCGGCUCAGCAGGGACAUGACGUGCUGCAUGGCGGGGCGCAGCGCCGGCGGCCGGCGGAGCAGGGAGCCCGACAUCACGGUGGCGCUGCUGCGCGAUGGCGGCCGCGGGGGCGCGGGCGCGUGCGCCGUCACCCUGUACGAGCCCAACAUGGCGCGCGUGGAGGUGCAGGACCGCAAGGGGCUCGAGGUCGUGCUGCUGCUGAUCGCGGGCGCGGUGCGCGACGUCUACCUGGGCGCGAGGCCCGACGCGCCGGCGGCGGCGGCAGCAGCAGCGGCGGCCGCCGCCGAGGAGAAGAAGGAAGGGGAGGAGGAGGAGGAGGAGGAGGAGAAGAAGCGCCAGCGCGACAGGAGGGACCGCGCCGAGCAGGAGCGUAUCCGGGAGAUGCUGCGCGACGAGGAGGAGCGGGAGCGGCGGCGGCGCGAGGCCGACGUGGAGCGCGAGACGGAGCGCCUGCGCAGGCAGUACGGCGUGCAGGCCUCGCCGCCGCUGCCGCCGCGCCCGGGGGCGAGCCAGAGCCAGCAGCAGCAGCAGCACCAUCACCACCAUCACCAGCACCAGCAGCACCAGCACCAGCAGCACCAGCACCAGCACUACUAUGCUUCCGGCGCGCUGGGCGGCGCUCCCCCGGCCAAGCCCCCGCGCCCGAGCAGCGUCGGGCCCGCGCCGCCGGCCGACGGCCCCGGCAGGAAGAAGCUGUCGCGGCCGCUGGGGCAGCUGCCCGCCUUGGGCGGCUUCUUCCACCGACCCGACGGCCCGAGCAGGACGGUGGUGAGGAAGAAGAGCGUCUAG